ACAACUAGUAUAAAAACAUCAAUUUAUAUAGUUAUCAAACAAUAUUAAUACACAAAAUAUACAUAUAUAUAUACCUCUGGUUGUUCUUCUGGUAUUUGUUCUCCUCUUGACAAUCGAAUCUCUUUAAUUAUCAGUUUGGUCGAGUUAUCAACAUAACUCUUGAUAUCAGCCAUGUGCUUGUCAAUCUUAUCGUUGUACAAAAAAAAUUAAAAAUAAAUAAAUUAUAAGGUAAUUAUAUUAAUUCUUUAAAAAUAUGUUGGAACCUACAAUGAGUUUGAGUUCUUUCAACUCUGUCUUAACCUGUUAAUUAAAAAAAUAAGUAUUUGAUAUGUAUAAUGUAGUUUUAAAAAAAUUAUUUUAAUUUGAAAUUUGUACCUGUACCUCUGCAAUAUCAGCUUUCAAUUCUUCAACUUUAUGUUCACUAUCAACAGCACGAUUUUUUGAUGAUCUGUGAUUUUCUGAAUCAUGGUGGCUGCUGGAUUGAUUUAAAAUGGUUUCGUCCAUUAGAUUUAACUCUUCUUCAGAAAAAAUCAUAUUUCUGAAUUUAUGCUGCAGCAAAUAAAAAAAUUAGAAUGUAUAUUGAAUUAUAAUAAAUCUAAUAACAUUCUAUGAAAAAUACCUGAUUGCCAUGUGUUCUGAAAAUUGUUUUCUUCAAAUUGUCAAAAAAAUGACGUCAUUAAGUGUCUUCCAGUUCAGGAUUCUCAGUGUGCGAUUUGAUACACGUAUAGCAAUUGUGUUGUCAAAUGGAUGACAACACUCAUAAAACCAUAUCUGCAAUGCUAUGUGGAACUGACUAAAUUUGAAUAACGAUGGAUUAUUUUUAAAUUUUUGACUUUAUGCUUUGAGUGUUAAAUUAAAACACUCAUUUGCCCAAGGAAAUGUGGCAUACUGUCCAGACUCGAUCAAAUCAAAAUACAAUUUUGGAAUUAUUGUUUUGAAGGGUCCGAUGCAGUCAGAAAAGAAGAAAUAAAGUACAAGAUUUCGAUUUUUAAACGGUCAUCUUCUUCCCAAAAAUUUUUCGAUUUAAACUUGUGAUAAAAAUCUGACUUGGAUACAUUAUUAAAAUCCCCGAGAUUUUCAGCAAUGAGUCUGUUUGAAACAUAUGGGUCAGAUACAAAAUCAGAAACAUGUCCACAUUUCAGACCAAUUAUAGCAACAAACUCUUUUACAUUUAUGACAAACAUGUCAUCCCUAACAUUUUCAUUCCCAAGUAGAAAUAUGUGUCUCAACAAUUGACAUUGAUUUUAAUGUUAUGCAAAUUAUGAAAAAAUUCAAAAGGUGUUUCUUCUAGGAAUUGUUGAAAUUUAUGUUGACCUAGAAAGGUUAACAGAUCCGCAUAAUUUGUAUAACAUUAAAAUCCAAUGUCAAUUAUCGAUACACAUAUUUCUACUUGGGAAUGAAAAUGUUAGGGAUGACAUGUUUGUCAUAAAUGUAAAUGGUUAAGAGUUACAUUUUGGGUUAAAAGAGUUUGUUGCUAUAACCGGUCUGAAAUGUGCACCUGUGUCUGAUUUUGUAUCUGACCCAUAUGUUUCAAAGAGACUCAUUGCUGAAAAUUUUAGGGAUUUUAAUAAAGUAUCCAAGUCAGAUUUUUAUCACAAGUUUAAAUUGGAAAAUUUUUGGGAAGAAGAUGACCGUUUAAAAAUCGGAAUCUUGUACUUUGUUUCUUCUUUUCUGAUUGCAUCGGACCCUUCAAAAACAACAAUUCCAAAAUUGUAUUUUGAUUUGAUCGAGUCUGGACAGUAUGACACAUUUCCUUGGGCAAAUGCGUGUUUUAAUUUAACACUCAAAGCAUGCAGUCAAAAAUUUAAAAACAAUCCAUCGUCAUUCAAAUUUAGCCAGUUCCACAUAGCAUUGCAGAUAUGGUUUUAUGAGUGUUGUCAUCCAUUUGACAACACAAUUGCUAUACGUGUUUCAAAUCGCACAUCGAGAACCCUGAACUGGAAGACACCUAAUGACGUCACUUUUUUGACGAUUUGAAGAAAACAAUUUUCAGAACACAUGGCAAUCAGGUAUUUUUCAUAGAAUGUUAUUAGAUUCAUUAUAAAUCAAUAUACAUUCUAAUUUUUUUAUUUGCUGCAAAAUAAAUUCAGAAAUAUGAUUUUUUCUGAAGAAGAGUUAAAUUUCAUGGACGAAACCAUUUUAAUUCAGUCCAGUAGCCACCAUGAUUCAGAAAAUCACAGAUCAUCAGAAAAUCGUGCUGUUGAUAGUGAACAUAAAGUUGAAGAAUUGAAAGCUGAUAUUGCAAAGGUUAAGACAGAGUUGAAAGAACUCAAACUCAUUGUUGACAAGCACAUGGCUAAUAUCAAGAGUUAUGUUGAUAACUCGACCAAACUGAUAAUUAAAGAAAUUCGAUUGUCAAGAGGAGAACAAAUACCAGAAGAACAACCAGAGGACAACGCCAAUCAACAUGCUGCACAAUCUGAUCCAACAGCUAUGCCUACAGUUUCAAUUGGACAACACGUCCCAAUGUCAAACACAGCUGCUCAAAAGUCAACUGAUGGUUGUUUCAACGUUGACGCACCUACAACGUCAACAUCAAAACCACCAAUAUUGGACGAUUAUCUUGAUUUUACUAUGACACAAAUAAUCGCACUUGAUCCAAUUCUUAAAGCUACCACGACUCCAAAUGUGCAAACAAGACAUAAGAAUCUACGAAAAUACGAUUCUUCUCCUUAAAUCAGAAUGUCGGAAGGGGAAAGCAGUUCAAAUAGAGUACCUAUAUUUUUUCAAAUCAAACAUCCAUUACAAAAUCACAAUGGGUUUGAUGUUCCAGAUGACCUGAUUGAGGAGUUCAAUAAAUGGAUUUUUAAAGAUGUGUCAAGCAGGUAUAAACUAAGAUGAACAAAAUUAUUUUAUUUAAUUUCACAAUUUAAAAAUCAAUAUAAUACUUAUUUAAAUAUAUACAGGAAAGCAACAUAUUCCAAGGUUAAAAAUAUAUUUCAUCCUCAAAUGGACUUUGGCGUUGUCAAAAUCCGGGAAAUUUUUUUUUUUCAGAUAAUGAGUCAACUGGGCUAAAAAAA